AUGGGGGUGGAGGGCAGGAAGGAGUUGCACGAAGGGGUAGAGGGGGCCCACCUGCUGAGCUUCGUUAGUGGCCGUGGCGAUGAUGGUGAUGGUGGUGGGAGUGACUUGUUGGGCGUACUGGGAGGAGGUGAGGGGGAGCUUGGCAAUGUGGUAAGCGACGGAGAGGGGAUGGAGGAGGAUGGAGGGGAGCAGGAGGUGGGAGAGGAGGGAGAGGAGGACGAGGAGGAGGAAGGGGCGGAGGAGGAGGAAGAGGAAGGCGAGGAGAAAGAGGAGGCGGAGGGGGAGGAGGAAGAGGAGGCAGCAGUAGUGCAAAGUACGGAUGAGGGUCCUCAAGAUUUGCAAGGUUCGGGAUGUAGGGGGCUUCUCGUUGGACAAGAUUACGGGCACAAGCAGCCGUACGGGCAGGUGUACGGGCAGCCGUACGGGCAGGUGUACGAUCAGGAGCAUGGGAGAGAGUAUGGUUGGGCGUACGGGAAGAGGUGCGAAUCACUUGACCGGGACGCUGACGGGGGCAACGGGCAGUACGAGGAGUACGGCGGGGAGGAAGGCGAGAGCGUCGUAAUGGAAACGGAGGAGGAGGAGGAGGCGGAGCCGGAGGAGGGAGAGGAGGAGGAGGAGGAGGGUGAGGAGGAGGUGACUGAGAGUGUGGAGGAGGAGGAAAUGGAACCAUCAAGGUGGGACCAGCUAGCGGCCGCCAGCCUGCGGGUCCCAACGGGGCCGUCACCAGCUCCGAAACCAUCCGCCGUACCCUCCUGCACUAUCCCUUACACUACACCGCGCACUGAGGUGCUUCAACCUACAAGCCACCCGGGGGACGAGCCUAGGGCUCAUCGUCACCGUCACCACUUCGAUGAUCGCCCUCUGCUGGAUUCGAUACGCGAUGGCUUCGGGGGUGACGGCUGUGGCGGCUGUGGCGGCGGUGGCGGCACCACCGUUGUUGCAGGUGCCGCCUGCCGCAAGCGCAGCUUCGCAAGUUUUCAGGAUACCGACGCCGACGAGGAUGCGGUCGCGGUUUCGGAUACAGAGUUGGGAGCAGGCCCUGAUAUGGAUGUGGAUGAAGCCCAGGAGCAGCAGGGGCGAGUUGCGACAGGUGGUCAGCAGUGGGAGGAACGGAGGUACUCGGAGUCCUUGCCGCUGAUGCUGCCGCUGCCGCCGUCGACGGAGACGACGACGGAGACGACGACAACGGUGACAGCGACGACGGAGACAACGAUAAGCGUCGGACCACCGCCCGUUUCAGCGACGGUGGCGGCGGCAGCGGCGGCGGGUUGCUACAUGUGGUGGUUGGCCAAGCGCACGUACGAUGGUCGUACGGAAGCGCCCAGGGUACGCGGCGGGACAGCUCAAGCACGUGUCGUACGGGGCGGUACAGUGAAGGCCAGGGCACGGCGGCCGGCGGGGCCAGUCACGGCUGGCGAGUCCAUAAGUUGGACCCCACACUGCGGACGUGCCGGAGGCGGCCUUGCGGGCGGCGUCAUCAGCGCCGCCGCCACCGCCAUUCACUCGCGAGUGGCAAAGCGGCCACCGCCACCGCCGCCGCCAGCACUAGCAGCAGCAGCAGGGGCUACUGCCGCAGGUCCUAGCGGGAGCGGUGAAGGCGUUGGAGCCGCAGCCGGAGCCGCACCUGGCGGCAGGGUUGGUGACGGCGGCGGCGGCAGCGGCGGCGGCGGCGGCGGCGGUCCACAUCCCAGCGUCACCACCGCGCCCGGGGGCCCCCGUCAGCGCCAAAAGGGACUGGACCGAACCGGCCGCAGCGACGUCAACGCUGACGUGAACGCCUCCAGGCGGCCUCAAAACGUGCGGUCAGCGGCCGCAGUACGAGCUGCAGAACCACUCGUCACAGUAAAUGUACGACAGGUCGCGGCAGCAGGAGAAAAAGCAAGCGCAGCCGCGGCAGCGGCGGUGCCGCCAGCUGCGGCGGUCAUGACUCCCAAGCUGUCCGCGGCGACCCCGCCGGACCGAUUCGUCACAGCCACUGCUGGGGAGGCCGGAGCCGUACCACCGCCAUAUACGUCGCUGCCGUUUUGCCGCCAGCCGUCAGCCGCCGCCCCUGCGCCGCCGUCGCGGCCUCCUCGCCCGCCGCGGUCGCAGCGGCCGCCGCGGCGUCGGCUUGCAAAUCCCUACCCCCCGUCUCCAGGCGACGAAGCUGCCGACGCAGGGUUGCUGGCGGCGACGGCGGCCUGUACGGCAGGCGGUGGCGUGGCGGCGGCGCUGCGUGCGGACGACCCGUGGGACCUGGGGUCCUCCGUCACCGAGCUUGGCAAUCAAGUUGCCCGAGUGGCGCAGGCGCUGGAGCAGCUCGAGGACAGACACGGCGUGGCGCUGCUCGGAACAAUCGGUGCAGCUCCCGCCCGCUCCCCUCCUCGUACCCCCCAUCCACCUUGCCGUACAACUGGGGAGGCGGCUCCCAGGGGUUGGCCGCCGACGGUGGCUGGGGGAGCUGGGUGUGAGGCCGCUAGGAGGGUGGAGGCCGCGAAUGACGACGGUGGCGACGGCGGCGGCUCCGGCGGCGGUGGGCAAUCGUCCCCUCGCGCCGCGUACUGCAGGAUCUGCGGCGGCAAUCCGUUGUUGCGAGAGGUUGGCGGCUUGGGGAACGGCGGUGGCGGUGACGGCGGCAGGGGAAGCGGCUUUGGUGCCGGAAGCGGCAACCAGUUCCAGGGUGCCGCAGGGUUGGCGGCGGAGGCAGACAACCCAUGGGCCACACCGUCAUCUGCCGACGCCACUGCACUUCACGCAGCCGCGGUCUGCCUGGCGGCGGACCUAGCCAGCAGCGUGCUGGGCCUUGUACCGCCGCCGCCAACACUGCUGCCGCCGCCGCUGCCGCCAUUCCAUGCAGCCGGUGAUGCACCUGCCGCCGCCGGCCCCGGCACAGAGCCGAUGACAAGCGGCUCCGCUGGCCGCAACGCCGCCGACGGCGUCCAUGCGGCAAUUACCGCUGUUGUACGACAGCUAGAGGACCUUGUGGCGUCGUCGUUACGGCUAGGCAUGCUUGUAGCCGCCGCGCCCGGAGGGAUGGCGCUGCGGCUCGUGGCACCGGGGACUCCGCUAAUUGCGCCGUACGGUGCCGUACAAGAGGGGCAGCUGGCGCCGCCGCAGGUGGCGGCGCCCGUGGUGCCGGCGGCCCCGACGGCGCCGCAGCUCGUUCUCGCCGUUGAGUGGCUGUCAUUGGAGCUGGAGGACGACGACAGACUCUGCAGCCGCGGUAGCGACGGCGGCACGAUGGGCACUAGCAGCGGCGGCAGCGGUGGCGGCAGCAGAAGUAACAUCAGGAGCGGCGUGGUUCUCUGGGUCGUGUCGCCGGGGCUUGUGUGCCGGCAGGGGCGGGGUGGGGAGGCUUCACUGUACGCCGACAGCACUGGCGACGGAAGCGGGAACAGCGCUCUGCCCGUCGCCAGCACGGCGGACGGUGUCCGAGAACGGGUGCUGAUACCAGUGCAUGUAGUGGGUUGGAGUGCUUGA